AUGACGCGCAUCAUGUGUGGAGAGAAAGCUGCAAAAGAGUUAAACUUGGUGCCGCUUUCAAAUGACACUGUGUCACGGAGAAUAAAAGAAAUGGCUGACGAUGUUAAAAAGACACUGAUUGAGCGCAUUCAAAGCAGUCAAUAUUUUGCCAUCCAGCUUGACAAGAACACGGAUGUCACAGAUUUGGCCAAUUUAUUGGUUUAUGUGAGAUAUGAAAAGGAUGGUUCAGCUCAUGAGGACUUUAUGUUCUGCCAGUCACUUGGGACCAGAACUACAGCAGAGCACAUAUUCCAGGUACUGGACGCGUUUAUCCAAGAGAAUGGACUGGACUGGAAAAAGUGUGUGGGAGUGUGUACUGAUGGCGCGAGGGCUAUGACAGGUCGUCACAGUGGAGUAGCAGCUCGCAUCCGAGAGGUAGCACCUGAGAUGCGCAGGACUCACUGCAGCAUCCAUCGUGAGGCACUAGCAGUGAAGAAGAUGCCUGGUGACCUGAAGUCUGUACUGGACUCUGCUGUGAACUUCAUUAAGGCCAGGCCGAUGAAUUCUCGUUUAUUUUGUGUACUCUGCGAGGAAAUGGGCAGUGAGCAUGUCCAACUCUUGCUUCAUACUGAAGUGCAGUGGCUUUCAAGAGGAAAGGUGCUUUCGAGGCUUUUUGAAUUGCACAAAGAGGUCCAUAUGUUCUUACAGGACACAAAUUUCCCCUUGUCAGACAUUUUCGAGGAUACUGUGUGGCUCAGUCAGCUGGCAUAUUUGUCUGACAUUUUUUCACAUUUAAAUGAACUGAAUUUGGGACUACAGGGACUCUCCAUCAAUGUUUUUGAUGUGCAGGACAAAAUCAAUGCACUGCUUAAGAAGUUGGAAUUAUUUGAAAUAAAAAUCAAGACAGGUGAUGUUUCAGCUUUCCCUGCUUUGGAAAGUUUUCUGUCUGACAAUGACCUGACGCUUGAUGGUAGACUCAGGGAUAACAUCACUGCACACCUCGUGUCACUCAGACAACAGUUCCUUGAUUAUUUCCCAGUGAUGCCUGAAGCUGAAGCUAGCCGCUGGAUGAGAAACCCUUUCAGCAUCAACACCUCUCAGAUGGCUUCACAGGACUUGACUGUUGGUGAGCAGGAGAGUUUAAUAGAGUUGUCUUGUGACGAAACAUUGAAGGUAGCUUUCAGAACGCAGACACUGCUGGACUUUUGGAUAAAGCAGCACAGUGAAUACCCUGUGCUUUCUGACAAGGCCUUGCGUUUUCUCCUUCCUUUUGUGACCACGUAUCUUUGCGAGAAAGGAUUCUCUCUACUAGUUGUCAUAAAAACAAAGUACAGAAGCAGGGUGGACGCUGAGCCAAACCUGAGACUGAAGCUGACCUCCAUUGACCCAGACAUCUCAGGACUGUGUUCACAGAGGCAUGCGCACCCAUCACAUUAA